GUUCUGUGGUGUUGGCGGACACUUCUCCAGACAUCCACUCAUCUGAGCCCGUCCUGUCGGUGGUUCACACUCAGACCGGAUCCACUGGUGUUUGGGGACCAGCCUCUACAUAGACUCCAUUUGAACAGAGCACCAGCUGUGUGUGUACGUGUGUAUACAUUGUCAGCUGAUGUUAAAUGUUGUCGGUUGUAAACAGCUGGAUGCUACUAAGCUAGCAUGUUUAGCAGAGCAGCCUCUGCAGAGCCCUGAAGGUGUCACGACAAAUAUGAGCUGCGGAUCUGGAACCAUGGGUCACGACAUGUGAUCAGUGAGGAUGAGGAGUCGCAGUAACUCUGGAGUGAGGUUGGAUGGCUAUGCCAGACUGGUCCAGGAGACUAUCCUGUGUCAUCAGAACCCGGUGACAGGUCUCCUGCCCGCCAGCACCCAGAAGAAGGAUGCCUGGGUUCGGGACAAUGUGUACAGUAUCCUGUCUGUGUGGGCUCUGGGCAUGGCCUACCGCAAAAACGCAGACCGGGAUGAAGACAAGGCCAAGGCCUACGAACUGGAGCAGAGUGUGGUGAAACUGAUGCAGGGACUCCUCCAGUGCAUGAUGAGACAGGUGGACAAGGUGGAGAAGUUCAAACAUACCCAGAGCACCAAGGAUUGCUUACAUGCCAAAUACGACACUCCCACCUGUGCCACUGUGGUCGGGGAUGACCAGUGGGGGCAUCUCCAGGUGGACGCCACCUCCAUUUACCUGCUGAUGCUGGCGCAGAUGACGGCCUCAGGUCUUCGUAUUAUCUCAAACCUGGAUGAAGUAGCUUUUAUCCAAAACCUCGUCUUCUACAUAGAGGCUGCCUAUAAAGUGGCGGAUUAUGGGAUGUGGGAGCGCGGUGACAAAACCAACCAGGGCAUCCCGGAGCUGAAUGGCAGCUCUGUGGGCAUGGCUAAGGCAGCUCUAGAGGCUAUAGAUGAGCUGGAUCUGUUUGGUGCACAUGGAGGACCGAAGUCUGUCAUCCACGUUCUGCCUGAUGAAGUAGAACAUUGUCAGUCCAUCUUGUGCUCCAUGCUGCCGAGGGCUUCCACUUCCAAGGAGAUAGAUGCAGGUCUUCUGUCAGUCAUUUCCUUCCCUGCUUUUGCUGUCGAAGAUGCAGACCUGGUGGCCGUGACCAAGUCAGAGAUCAUAAAUAAACUGCAGGGCCGCUACGGCUGCUGUCGUUUCAUUAGGGAUGGACAUCGUUGUCCUAAAGAGGACCCUUCAAGGCUCCAUUAUGAUCCAGCAGAGCUCAAACUGUUUGAGAAUAUUGAGUGUGAGUGGCCUGUUUUCUGGACUUAUUUCAUCCUGGAUGGAAUCUUUGCAGAAGAUGCAGUACAGGUGCAGGAGUAUCGUGAGGCACUGGAAGGCAUUUUGAUCAGAGGGAAGAAUGGCAUCAAACUAGUGCCAGAGCUUUAUGCUGUUCCACGAGACAAGGUGGAGGAGGAGUACAGUAAUCCUCACUCGGUGGACAGAGUGGCCAUGGGGCAGCUGCCUCACAUGUGGGGACAGUCUCUUUACAUCCUGGGGUGUCUGCUCGCUGAGGGCUUUUUGGCAGCAGGAGAGAUUGACCCUCUGAACAGGAGAUUCUCAACAAACUUCAAGCCAGAUGUUGUUGUACAAGUCUGUGUGCUUGCAGAGUCAGAUGAGAUCCAGGAGUUGCUCCGUGAUCAUGGUAUAAAGGUCCAGAAGAUGUCAGAGGUUCAGCCCAUCAGAGUCAUGCCUGCUCGCAUCCUGAGCCACAUCUACGUCCGACUGGGAAAUAACACAAAACUAAAUUUAAGUGGGAGACCCUACAGACAUAUUGGAGUUUUGGGAACAUCCAAAUUCUACGAGAUCAGAAAUCGGUCUUACAUAUUCACCCCUCAGUUUCUGGAUCACCAUCACUUCUAUCUGGCUCUGGACAACCAGAUGAUUGUGGAGAUGUUACGAACAGAGCUGGCUUACCUCUCUUCAUGUUGGAGGAUGACAGGACGACCCACACUUACUUUCCCCAUCACGCGCAGCAUGCUGGUUGAAGAUGGAGAUGCAGUUGAUCCAUGUAUCCUAGCAACCCUCAGGAAACUACAGGAUGGCUAUUUUGCUGGUGCAAGGGUGCAGAUGUCAGACCUCACUAGUGUCCAGACCACUUCAUUUCACACUCGCCUCAGUUUCCUUGAUGAAGAGAAUGAUGACAACUUACUUGAGGAUGACGUUGAGGAUGAUGAAGAAGAAUAUGGAGACACAUAUGACAGUUAUGAGCCCUCAGGGAAAUCAAAAGACAUGUUUGACCAGUACCUCACCCAGCUCCUCCACAGCACCACCACCAAGUGCCAUCUCCCUCCCAUCCAGAGGGGGCAGCAUCAUGUCUUCAGCGCCGAACACACAACCAGAGACAUCCUGUCGCUAAUGGCACAGGUUCAAGGCCUGAACAUACCCAAGUCUUCCAUGUAUCUCCCUGUGACUCCUGUCAUGAGCAAACACCGAAAAUCUCUCAACCUGCUGGAGGUUCCUCGUCCUCUGCACGGCCCACAUGCAAAGCAGCACAAGUCCCACAGCGCUGCUGAUCUGCACCUGCCUCGAGACUCUCAGGGCAACACAGACUUUGCAGCGUUGGUGAGACAGCUGAGGGAGUGUCCCACUCUGCAGGACCAGGCCGAUAUCCUCUACAUUCUCUACGUAAUGAAAGGAGCUGAUUGGCUGGUGGAGCUGUCGGGUCCAGGGCAGGGGGGGGUCAGUGUGCGAGCCCUGCUGGAGGAGCUGUAUGUACAAGCCGGAACCUGUAAAGAGUGGGGUCUCAUCAGAUACAUCUCUGGAAUACUACGCAAGAGGGUAGAGGUCCUCGCCGAGGCCUGCACAGAUCUUAUUUCUCAUCAUAAGCAGCUGACAGUGGGUCUUCCUCCUGAACCCAGAGAAAGAGUCAUCACAGUCCCACUCCCUCCAGAGGAGCUGAACUCUCUCAUUUAUGAAGCCAGUGGGCAGGACAUCAGUAUCGCCGUACUCACUCAGGAAAUCAUGGUGUAUCUGGCCAUGUACGUGCGCUCCCAACCUGCUUUAUUCGGCGACAUGCUGCGACUCAGGAUAGGACUCAUCAUGCAGGUGAUGGCCACUGAGCUGGCCCGCAGCCUGCACUGCUCUGGCGAGGAGGCCUCUGAGAGUUUGAUGAGCCUCAGUCCGUUUGGCAUGAAGAGCUUACUGCAUCACAUCCUCAGUGGAAAGGAGUUUGGAGUGGAGAGGAGCAUGCGUCCUAUCCAGUCCACAGCCACCAGUCCCGCCAUCUCCAUUCAUGAACUGGGCCACACAGGAGCCACAAAGACUGAACGUACAGGAAUACACAAGCUGAAGAGUGAGAUUAAACAGCUGGAUGACUCUCGGCCUCUCAGUAUCUUCAGUGGCGGGCUUUACAUGAGUAGCACUGUCACAUCUCCUCGCUCCACGCGAUGCAGCAGCCCCUCCACCCCCAGUGGGAUCCUGUCCCCAGUGGGUCCUGGUCCAGGCGAUGGGCAGCUGCACUGGGAGGACAGGCAGGGCCAGUGGCUGAGGAGACGCAGACUGGACGGAGCCAUCAACAGGGUACCAAUGGGCUUUUACCAGAAGGUCUGGAAGAUCCUGCAGAAGUGCCACGGACUGUCUAUCGACGGUUAUGUGUUACCGUCUUCUACCACUAGAGAGAUGACGGCAGGAGAGAUAAAGUUUGCAGUUCAGGUGGAGUCUGUCCUGAACCAUGUCCCUCAACCAGAAUACAGACAGCUGCUGGUAGAGACUGUGAUGGUUCUGGGUAUGAUAGCUGAUGUGGAUGUGGACUGCAUCGGUGGAAUCAUCCAUGUGGACCGCAUCUUACAUUUGGCCAAUGACCUCUUUGUCAACGACCAGAAAUCCAUCAGUGCCUGUGAUUACUUCCUUGAGAAGGACCCGGCGACCGGCAUUUGCACCUUCUUCUACGACAGCGCCCCCAGUGGCAGCUACGGCACCAUGACCUAUCUGUCCAAGGCAGCCGUCACCUAUGUCCAGGAAUUCCUGCCAAGUUCCAGCUGUCUGAUGCAGUGAAAAGCUUCUGCUGAACGACACCGAACACAUGAGGUAAAGCUGAACCACUGGCCAAAGGCAACGGCGCUUCUCAUUAACAGCUCAUACGAUUCCUCUGGUGCUUUUUUUGAGUGUUUGCUCAUCACUUAGUUCUGUAACCGUCAUCUAAAAUGUUCAUGCUACAUCAUUGCCUUGGCAGCUGAUUCAGAUAAGAGUUCAUUUUAUUUGUGUGAGCCUACACUGUGAACUUAUUUAUUACUUUAACAUGCUGCUCAUUGCAUGGUUAUCAGGUCGCAGACAAGCAUUACAUGUAAACCACACAGGUUAGUAACUAUUUGUGCUGAGUGUUGUGUAAGAAUAUUAAAUUAAGUGUUGUUUUCUAAAAUAUUACAGAUAUUAUCAUCCAGUUAGCCUGGCAGCUGUCAGAGGAAAUAUUUAAAUGUUUUGUGCAAAGUCAGCCUUCAUACUCAUAAUGUUUCCCUUAGAAUUAGCAAAGUUUAACCUUAAAUUAACAGUAUCUAUUCAUGUCUAAAAGAUGUGAGGAAAAUAACAGAAGAAUUUCAGAUAUAUCAUUUGUGCAUUAAAUAACAUCUGCCUCUGCCACCUACCAGGCGUGGCUUAACCCUUUCAUACACAGUGGUCACUCCAGUGGACAGUUACUCUCCAGCUGCUCUCUUGUAUAUUCAUGGAUUUUGUUGUUUUAGUUCCAUAUCUGCCAA